AUGGCAGUCACCAAUGUAUCAAACGGAUCUGCAACUAAUGGCCAUGGUGCAGCCGUUAUUGAUCCUCAGGUUGCUACUGCACCCAGUGCCCCUGAGAAACUUGCGCAUUUGCAAAAGGAAAUUGAAUCUCAUUCCCAGGCUUACAGCAAUGGCGAUCAUGGUGCGCGCCUGAAGCUUCUGGAGACAGCCCGGUCUCUCGUGCAGGCAAUGGAAACACCCCAGGAGACCAUGCUGCGAUACUGCUGGGCCCAGCCCACAGCGUUUGCCGGCAUUGAAACUUGUAUCGAUCUAGGAAUCUUCUUCAUAUUAGCACAGACGGACAAGCCGAAGACUGUGGCAGAGCUCGCAGCAACAACCGGCGCGGAACCCGAACUUCUAGGUCGUAUCAUGAAGCAUCUCGCCACAAUGGGGGUCUUUGUUGAGACUGGUAUGGAUGAGUAUGGCCGCAACGGGCUAACCACCACACUCGCUAUUAAGCGGUACAGUGAUGCAUGGCCGUGCAUUAAUGGAUGCACUCUUCCAGCAAUCAAUGCACUACCCGCCUGGCUCAAGAAGAACGAUUAUCGGAGUCCCACCGAAGGAACAGACUGUCCAUUUACCUUAGGAUUCAAAACUGACGAGCACUUCUUCAAAUUCCUCACCGGCAAGAACCCCGACUAUCCUGAACUCGGCGCUCAAUUCAACAAUCUCAUGUCGGCCUAUCACCAAGGUAGACCCAGCUGGAUGGAUGGGAACUUCUACCCGGUACAAACUCUCAUCGACGGAGCAAAGACGGGCGAAGAAGACGUUUUCAUCGUGGACGUUGGCGGAAACAAAGGGCAUGAUCUGGAGGAGUUCAUCUCGAAGUGGCCAAACACACCCGGAAAGUUGAUCCUGCAAGAUCAACCACACGUCUUGGGAGAUAUCAAGUCGUUAAAUGCAGCAAUUAAGCCCAUGGUCCACGACUUUUACCAGGAACAACCCAUCAAGGGCGCGCGAGUAUAUUUCUUGCAUUCCGUCCUGCAUGACUGGAAUGACGAGACAUGUCAAAAAAUCCUGUCACAAUUAGUUGCUGCGAUGACACCGGGAUACAGCAAGUUGCUGAUCAACGAGAAUGUCAUUCCUAAUACCGGGGCCCACUGGCAGGCUACCUCUCUGGACUUGAUAAUGAUGGUAGAUCUUGCUGCCAAGGAACGGACUGAACAGCAGUGGCACCAAGUUAUUGAGCCAGUUGGUCUCAAAAUUACUAAAAUCUGGACGCCGCUGGAUAGUGCCGAGAGCUUGAUCGAAUGCGAUUUCAAGUACACCACGCCGGUUCUGGCAGUUCAAGAAAGCAAGUUACAGAACACUGCCUUGCUGACUUCGAAGGUGUAUCAUUAUCUUGCGAGUCCCCAAGAUAUGAAAAUGCGCGUUCUAAAUCUUCUCGCUCUUCGAGAGCAGGAGGGUAUACUAAAUCAACCUUUGAUAAUCUGGGAGCCGGCCCCUCUUUCAUGCAAACCGGAGAACCUCGAAGCCUGUCUAGAAACCGCCGCUUUAGUCGACGUGUUUACUCCGAAUCACUUAGAGCUGGCUGCAUUGUUUGAACAAUCCCCAGUUGCAUCAUCCAAUAGAUCUGAGAUCGAAAAGCUGGGCUCGAAGCUCCUAGCUAGUGGAGUCGGUCCAGAAGGAAAAGGCACGGUGGUUAUUCGAGCUGGUGAAAACGGUUGCUUCGUCCAAUCGCGUAACAUCACCUCUCGAUGGCUACCUCCAUUUUACACGGCAGAUAUGGCAGAAGAGCAGGCUUCCAAAGUGGUUGAUCCGACUGGAGCUGGAAAUGCAUUCCUGGGAGGAUACGCCAUUGGAUAUCUCCAAAGAAUGGGGAAUAUCCUUGAAGCAGCUUGUUAUGGAUCCGUUGCAGCUUCGUUUGCAUUGGAGCAGGUAGGGAUGCCGGAGAAGAGCAACGAAGGAGAUGAGGAAUUAUGGAAUGGGGCCAGUGUUAGUCUAAGAUUGCAUCAAUAUAUGGCUAGGCAAGAAUUGUUGCAAUAG